AUGGCGCCAGGAUCGAAACAGACUCACAAUGUCCUAAUAGUACUGCUCCUCGUGUGCAAUAUCGCAACCGUGGUGCUUCUGCGGCCGUGGGACACGCAACAGGCCGAACAAUCCGUCCACCAAGACACGAUCGCGUCGCUCGAGACGGAGCUGCAGGACACCCGACGCCAGCUGGAGCAGCUCGUGCAGAGCAUCAGUUUGCAGGACGCGAUCGACGUGCCAUGUACACAACUGGCCUCGCCUCCAGAAAACCCAGUCCAAGCUGAUCUCGAGUUGCCCGAGCUGGCGGAACGAUUCCAAGAUUUGGCAAGGGUCGUGGGCGUGUUUGCAUCCGACUUUGCUCCAGCUCCAUUGCCUGCUGUUACAAGUCGGAUAUUCGUCACAAUGGCGGGGCAUCUUCGCUCGCAGGCGCUGAACCUUGCCAACUUUGAAAGUUGGGUCGAGCCGAUGCGAGCGCAGGGCGCGCAGAUUUUCCUGGCCGAGUACUUGUGGUCGGAUCUUGAUGCUCCCCAGGAUAGCUGGUGGAAGAAGAACGGGUCUGCACUGGUCAAGGAGCAGACUCUGAUCCACGGCAAACCGGUCGACAUUCUUGCAAAGCAAAUCGAGCCCGCGCUUCGUCGGUUGCAGAUUCCCGGACGAUUCACCGUCGCUCCCGCAGACAUUGUCAUGUCGACCCGACCCGACGUGCUGUAUGAGCGGAGCUUUGCGGUGCGACCGCUCGUGGCCUUCUUGAAGCGCAACCCAAUGACUGUGUUUGUCAUGUCGUUCUACCACGAUCCAACCAAGACGGGCGCACAUCAUAACGACCCCUGCGAGCUCAACUGGAUUACAUCAGUGCAAGGGUACAAUGCAAUCAUUCAGACGGUGCAGACCAUGGACGUCAGCACAUGCACCCUUGGCACAAGCAACCCAGGCUUGCACGAAUUCCAGCUGCUCAUGUUCAAGUGUGCGCCAGUCACCGUUCGCUACCUCUCUCCAGACUGGUCUAUUCAUUAUCACAGACUGAGCGGUGAGACGGCAGCAUUUCCCAACCGGAAUGCAUGGGGUCGAGGGCGCCUUCUCGUCUCGGGCGAGCCGCUGGAUCUCGUCCAGACGCAUCGCUGCAAAAAGCCAUUCUUUGGUGUGAGGCAUGUGCCUAUUGCUCCUAUCGAUAGGAACGGGUUGCCGGCGUCCACAGUAUUUCAGCAGACCGCGCAGGGGAUUUCGGAGGUUCCCUUCAACUUGACGGAGAGGGUGUGGAUGUCGCCCAAUCUCGACGACAACGACGACAUUCCUUACUGUCCAUACAUCAACCGGCAAAACACCAACACAAAGUACUUCGGGACCGAGGGACUAGUUGCACACGGUCAAUUUGUUUAA